CGCGCACCCUAAAAACACAAAACAGUCGAGAGUGGGAGUGGAGACGCUCCACCAGAACUGGACCAACCGAAUCCAUGGUGAAAUCAAUAUCUGUAACCCGUAUGUCUCUCAUCCUCCUCCGCCAAAACCCUACUAUGUCAUCCUUCAGAGCAAUACCAAACUCUGUCUUCCUACCCCCAAAACUCAAACCUUCCACCCCAACGCUCUCAAUCAAACCCUUCUCCACCACUGCAACUCCAUACCCACUUCAAUACGAAAUGAUAAUCUCUCGCCCAGCUCAGUCCUCAUCCACCCAACCUCGGCGCCGACUCCAACCACUCCCUAAAUCCAAACCCAACGACUCGGAACCGGGGUCGGAACUCGGAUUUGACGAUUGGGUCGAUCGUAAACUAACAUCGGACAAACCCAUGUUGAGUAACGUAGGGAUGGAUAAGUCUAAAAGGAAGUAUUACAACAAGAGGAGAAAAAGAAUGUAUGGGUCAGAUUCAGAAGAUGACAAUAAUCGUCGAGACGAUAAUAAUUUUGUUGAAUUGAAGCAAGAAGUGGUCGAGCUCCGAACAUUGCAUAAGAAAGAAGAGGAAUUAUACUUCUACGACACAUUUGCGUAUCCGUGGGAGAAGGACAAGCAUUACAAGAUGGUGUAUCAGCUGGAGAAGAAGUAUUUUCCUGAUCAGUGUUUCGAUAAGGCGUUUCUUCAACCCGGUGAAUCUAAUAAGAAUACAAAGGAAAAGAGAGUCGCAAAAGAGAGGAAUGAGAAGGGUGCGGAUGGUGGGGACGGUAGAGGGUUGGUGUUUUUUGAGGAGGAAAAGAAUGAGAGAGAAGUGGUUGGAGUGAAGGAUGUCAAAAUUGAUGUUUCGGAGAAGAAGGUGGAGGAGUUUUUCAAAUGUUUGAAAAAAGUUCCCAAUAAAGAUAGUGAUGUUGCCGAUACCAAUGCGGAACCGUUUGUUGCGACGAGGAGCACUGGCCUACCUCCGAAAUGGGAUAGUCCAGCUGGGACGGUGGUUUUGGUGAACAAACCGAAAGGAUGGACUUCAUUCACUGUUUGUGGAAAACUUCGUCGCGUUGUCCAAGUGAAAAAGGUGGGACAUGCUGGAACCCUCGAUCCUAUGGCAACUGGCUUACUGAUUGUAUGUAUUGGUAAAGCUACUAAGCUUGUUGAAAGAUAUCAAGGUAUGACCAAGGCUUAUAGUGGAGUCUUCCGCCUAGGGGAAGCAACCUCAACUUGGGAUGCUGAUUCACCGGUUAUCCAACGUGAGCCAUGGGAGCACAUCAAAGAUGUGGACAUAAAGAAAAGUGCUGCAUCCUUUUGUGGGGAGAUAUGGCAAGUCCCUCCUAUGUUUUCUGCCAUCAAAGUUGGAGGUGAAAGAAUGUAUGAGAAGGCAAGAAGAGGAGAAAGCAUUGAACUUUCACCAAGGCGGAUUUCAAUCUUCCAGUUUGAUGUUGAGCGAAGUUUAGAAGACAGACAAAAUGUGAUUUUUCGAGUGACAUGCUCGAAAGGGACAUACAUACGAUCUCUUUGUGCAGAUUUUGGGAAGGCAUUGGGCAGUUGUGCUCAUUUAUCAGCUUUGCGAAGAGAUUCUAUUGGGCAAUAUUCAGCUGAUGAUGCCUGGGAAUUCAAAGAGUUGGAAGAAGCAAUCACCAGAGAAUAUUUAUAGCUUUUGUUUUCUGCCUCUGACAUCCUAUAAGUGGUGAACACUGCAUUGGUCGUAAGACGGUAAACCUUUAUUGGAUCGUUCAAAUCUUAGAAACCACCUAAUUAUUCAUUUUUUUUCUCCCUCUUUUCAUUCUUCAUUUCUGGCCAUUUUUAAAGGCGUUUUUUAAUGUAAAUUAUGUUUUAUAAUCUCAAGCUGAUUCAUAUGGCUUGUUCAAAGCUUUUGUAGAAUUUUGCAAAUUAUUCUAAGG